UUCAUUAAUACUUUGUGCUUCAAAGUUGGUUUAUGAUUUGCGGAAACUUCCAUUAGUGUGGUGACUCUGCAUUUUCUUUACAGUUUUGCUUUCUGCCAAUUUGGUUAAAAAACUAAAAGCCUCAGAAAAAUGGAGAAGAUGAUGGUGUUUAGAUCCAUUUAUAGAGCAGCAUGUUUCAGAUCUUCCCGUUUUGCCGCCGUCGCUGCUGCCGCCCAUAACCCCCACUUGGGUUCCCGGAGUUUCUUCUCUGUCUCACCACCUUCCGCCUCUAAUCCGCCUAGAAACCUCCCGUCCGGUGGCAGGUCUUCCCUUGCUGUGAGAUUGGGAAGCAGACGCUACUUUAGUGAAGAUGUAACUCACAUGCCUGCCAUAAAAGACCCUGAAAUUCAGAAUGUCUUCAAGGAUUUAAUGGCUGGAAGUUGGGAUGAAGUUCCGUAUUCAGUUGUACAGGAUGCAAAGAAAGCCUUGUCCAAAAAUACUGAUGACAAAGCUGGCCAGGAGGCUUUGAAAAAUGUUUUCCGAGCUGCUGAAGCAGUUGAAGAGUUUGGUGGCAUUCUGAUGAGCAUGAAAAUGGAACUUGAUGACAGCAUUGGAUUGAGUGGAGAGAAUGUAAAGCCUUUGUCAGAUGAGUUUGUAGACGCACUUCGCACAGUUUAUCAACGAUAUACAACUUACUUGGAUGCAUUUGGUCCUGAUGAAACCUAUUUGCGAAAGAAGGUAGAGACAGAGUUGGGAUCAAAGAUGAUCUACCUCAAGAUGAGAUGUAGUGGUCUUGGUUCUGAGUGGGGAAAGGUUACUGUUCUUGGAACCUCUGGACUUUCUGGAUCUUAUGUGGAGCAAAGAGCUUAGCAUUAUAGUUUGAGAGAGUUCAAUAUCACUCUGGACUUAUUCUGUUUUAGAUCAUGUUUAUGAAUAGUUGGAGACAGGUCGGUGUUGUUCUGCCAGAAAACCUUCGAGGUUCAAGUUGCUUGGCAGCUAAAUAAAAGGCAUAUCUUUGUGAACAACAGUAAAUUUAAGUGUAACAUCAUGUGUCUUAAGCUUUUUUUAAUCGGAAAAUUUUCCUGCA